UUGUCAUAUGAUUUCUCCUAAGGGACAACUGCUGAGCAGGACUCUGACUCCAAGCUGAUCCUUUGCUGAUAAGCCAGCUGCCAAGCCUCCACUGCUGAGACAAAAGAAAGAGUUUUUCUCUUCCCAGCAGGGUUUUUCUGCUGUGAAUGACAGAGAAAGGGGUAAAAGUGAGCUGCCUGGCACUCCUCGUGGGCAAGAGGCUUUGGGGGCUCCUUGUCACCCACUGUACUGGCAGAUCAUGGAGCUUUUCAGGCUGAGCUUGGGAUGCAUUUACCUCCUUCCUUGGCUUGAGGCAGUAGCAGAGGGACAAGGCUUCCUCAUAAAGAACACCCGUCUGGAAAAGUGCAUCUGUGCCUCCCAUGAGACCCACAGCAUCAGCCUGGCCAGCUGCAAGGAGCACUCCCAGCAGCAGCGCUGGGCCUGGGACCCCGACUCAGGCACCAUCAUCAGCCUGCACACCAAGUACUGCCUGUCGGCCCACAGGAUGCACCAGGACAGUCUAGUCAAGCUGGAGCCCUGUGCAGAUCGGGAACACCAGGCAUGGUCCUGCAGCAAGAAGGGACACUUGACUCUGCAGAGCUUGGGCUUCCACCUUGGCACGAAGGAGGGGGGCCACAAGGUCUUUGUCUCCAGGGAGAAGGACAAGUUCAGCAGGUGGAAGACGCUGGCAGAUGAAACCAUCUGUGCUGCUGCCCAGACAGCAGCUCAGAGGCCCAGAAAACCAACACAACAAGUUCCAGACACACGUGUGUGGACCUAUGAAACUAAAACCAUUGAUUCACCAAAGAUUGAUGCUGUGGACAAAGAAUCUUCUGUGAGCUUGACUGACACCCCUCUGGCUAACUUGUUCAACAGCACAGUGUCUCCUGCAAAGACCAAACAGGCACAGCUCCCAGCAAAUGAGGAUCCAUCCCACAACCACUCCAAGAAACAUGGAAAUCGGGGUAAAAACACUGGGGGCAGGCUUGCAGGCACAAACUGGAAGACAGCCAUGCUGGUCCUCAGCCCCUUGGCAUUCAUACUGGGAUUAAUAAUACUGACACUCAAUGUUCACUACAACAAGAAGAAGAAAAUCCUCUCUGCUCUGAAGAGCUCUCCAGCCAACAGCAGCAGAGUUGAUUUACGGGAGCCGACCCCCUCGCGAAGAGUCCCCCAGCUGUACCUUCCACCAUCCCGCUCCCCUUCCCUGAGGCAUGGAGAGAUCCUCAUUGAGUGGAAAGAUGGGACUGUCACUCCUCUUUUUGAUAACAUCAAUUACCAAGUGGACUAGCUCCCAAAUGACAGAGCUUUUGUUUCAUGCCAUGUCACUGUUCCCACCACAGGUGAUCUCCUCCCUACCCUUGCUGUUUUGACAGGAAGCACAGUCUGGGGUCUUUUUCUAAACACUUGAGUACAAUCUCAUUGCACGUGACAAGGUUGAAGCAAGCAGAUUGUUUGGUUUGUAUAGGCACAAGCUGCUUAGCAAUUUCAGAGCUGCUUUAACCCAUAACAAAUCCCUAGUUUCCCUAAAUAAAGUUGGGACUUCUGCCAGCUGCAACUGCCCAUUGAACCAAAAUUAGUUACUGAGCAUAUGAAAAAGUGAAUCUUUGAAGACAAGGGAAAGGUAUAAAAAACAGAAGUCCUGAUGAUCCUUAAAUUCUUUUUAAGAUAAAACUAGCUGCCAGAAGAUAUAGAAGGCAAAUUACAUUGUCAGUGUGAGAAUGUAAUUAAUAAGCACUGCCUUCCAUACAAUGUCUUCUGGGUAUACGCCAAAAGAUUCAUCCCCACUAAGCUGUCAAUUAAGUAACAACAAGUCAUUUUUCUAACUUAAAAUGUAUCACUCCACUGCAUCACUGCAAGAGCCCUGCUGAGAGAGCAUGUGUCUCUCAAAACUUCUAUAUUUAGGAUGUACUUAACCUUAUUAUAACACACAUCCUCUUUUAUUAUAUAGACUGGCAAGAAAUGUCAGUCAUGCUUGUUGGGGAUAUUGCAUAUAGAGCCACUUUAUUCCAGCUUCAGUCUCUGAUUUCCUAUAAUCAUAUGGAAUAGUCAAUUAAUAGAUACAUCGCUCCACCAGAGCAGUAAUACAGUUGUUUUUCUUUUAUAUAGGAGUAAAACAUUAUUUUCAGCCUUUACACUUCUUGUUUGAGCAAAAUUACCUGUGAUUGUCACACUCAAUCCUGAUCUUUUCUCAGUGAAAUCUGCAAUGUCUUAGAGCUUUCCUAAUAUUCAUUAAUGUAUAUUCUUUCUCUCUGAUUCUGAGAUGAUGUAAUCAUGGCUUUAAAUCAAGAGUUAUGUGGAGAAAGAAACAAUAACACCAGGAAAUUACAAGUA